AUGUUAAGACCGCGCACCUGCCGACCGCUAUCCCGGGGGCUGUCCACGCCAUGCUCGUCUCUCAGAGCACCGCCUGCAUAUGCUGGUAGGAGGUCUCUGGCCACGGCCGUCGCCCAAGAGAGGGACCCCGCCGAACUCGACCAAAUCACCACCCUGCCCAAUGGCAUCCGCGUCGCCACAGAGGCCCUCCCCGGCCACUUCUCCGGCAUUGGCGUCUACGUCGAUGCCGGCUCGCGCUACGAAAACGAUGCGCUGCGAGGAGUGAGCCACAUCAUCGACCGUCUGGCAUUCAAGUCCACGCGAUCCACCACGGGCGACCAGAUGAUGGAGAAGAUUGAGACCCUCGGCGGCAACAUCCAAUGCGCCUCGAGCAGAGAGUCGCUCAUGUACCAAUCCGCCACCUUCAACUCGGCCGUGCCCACCACCGUCGGUGUUCUCGCAGAGACAAUACGCGAUCCCUUGAUUACAGAGGACGAGGUCCAACAGCAGCUCGAGACGGCCGACUACGAAAUUGGCGAGAUCUGGAGCAAGCCUGAGCUGAUUCUGCCAGAGCUUGUCCACAUGGCAGCAUACAAAGACAACACCCUCGGCAACCCGCUGCUCUGCCCCAAAGAGCGGCUGCCCUUGAUCAACCGCUCCGUCGUUGAAGCAUACCGGAAAGAGUUCUUCAAGCCUGAGAGGAUAGUAGUCGCUUUUGCUGGUGUCAACCACAAUGAGGCCGUUCGGCUGACUGAAGAAUACUUUGGUGACAUGGAAAAAGGCACAGGCCCAGCACUCCCCAGUGUAGGCUCAGACAGCGCGGCAGGAUCACAGGCAAACUUCACGGCAGACCAUCCCAUGCCCACAGGCGCACUACCAGGAAGUUCCAAUCUCAUCUCCAAGAUUCCCUUCCUCAAGAAUCUGUCCACAUCGACCUCAUCCACCGCCAACAUAACCACAGCACCCGACCUCAACUUCCCACCAAUAGACACCUCGAUACCUUCGCAGUACACUGGCGGUUUCCUCACACUCCCUCCAAUCCCUCCGCCAGCGAACCCCAUGCUCCCUCGCCUAUCUCACAUCCACCUCGCCUUCGAAGCCCUCCCCAUUUCCUCGCCGGACAUUUACGCUCUCGCAACCCUUCAGACGCUCCUCGGUGGUGGUGGCUCCUUCAGUGCCGGUGGACCUGGCAAGGGCAUGUACUCACGCCUCUACACAAACGUCCUCAACCAACAUGGCUGGGUCGAAUCCUGCGUCGCCUUCAACCAUAGCUACACCGACAGCGGUUUGUUUGGCAUCGCCGCCUCAUGCGCCCCCUCCUACACCGCCCACAUGCUCGAAGUCAUGUGCCGCGAACUCAAGUCCCUCAGCGACGAAACAGGCUUUGCAGCCCUCAAGGACGGUGAGGUGCAGCGCGCAAAGAACCAGCUCCGCUCUUCCCUCCUCAUGAACCUCGAGUCGCGCAUGGUUGAGCUCGAGGAUCUGGGUCGCCAAGUCCAGGUCCACGGUCGCAAGGUCGGCGUCAAGGAAAUGUGCAGCAAGAUCGAGGCUGUCACCAUCAAGGAUCUCCGUCGCGUGGCUAAGCAAGUGUUUGGUGGUAAUGUACACAAUGCGGGUAAGGGCUCUGGUGCCCCCACCGUGGUACUGCAAGAGGGGGAAAUGGAGGGACUCAAGCGCAAGGAUUUGACAUGGGACGACAUCCAAUCGCGAAUCGCGAGAUGGAAACUUGGUCGUCGAUAA